CGGACCAUUCCCUACAUUAAUUAAUUAAACUCCAUAGUUUAACAAAAGAAGGGAUCGGAGUUCACUGCACUCAUCAAUCAAAUUUGUUUUUGUAUACAUGUAUGUAUGUAUGUAUGUAUGUAUGUAUACAAUCCACCGCCUUCAUCUUCGCCUACCUUCAAAACUCUAUUUCCCCCCCUGCCAUCUUCACACUCUCCCGGACAUCCUUUCCUUGUGUGACUCGGCUCAGUCUAUCCGGCAACUUCAAGAAACUCAUGCUCAGGCCGUCCUCCGCGGUGUCCUCCCCUCCAGCAUUUCCGUAUGCGCCACUCUCAUUCUCCGCUACACCCGCUUCGGCUCCAGCCCCACAACCAUCCACACUCUCUUCUCGCACAGCGUUGCCUUUGCUCUCUCUCCUUUUCUCUACAACACCCUCUUUCGAGCCCAUGGGCUACUUGGAGUCUGUGCCCAGAGUGCACUUUCCGUGUAUAAUGACAUGCUUAGCAGCGGUGUUAUGCCGGAUGAUCAUACAUUCCCUUUUGUGCUUAAGCUCUGUUCCGACUUUUUUGAGGUCCGCAAAGGCUUAGAAUCACAUGGGAUGUUGUUGAAGUUGAGUUUUGAUUCAGAUGUGUACGUGAACAAUACUCUGCUUUGUUUCUAUGGCAGCACCGGAGAUUUGGUGGCUGCACUAAAAGUGUUUGAUGAAAUGCCAGACAGGGAUUUGGUGUCGUGGAACACCAUUAUCAGGGUAUUCUCUGACACUACUUGCUUCUACGCCGCACUUAGAGUGUUCAGGGAAAUGUUAGCUUUGUCAGAGGUUAAGCCAAACGCGGUUACUGUGGUAAGCAUGCUGCCCGUUUGUGCAGCGCUUGAGUAUGGCAACAUGUGUGGGCAGAUUCAUUGUUAUAUCUUCAAAGUGGGUUUAGAUACUCAACUUAGCAUUGGGAAUGCAUUAAUUGAUGCUUAUGGUAAGUGCAGAGAGGUGGAAGCCUCGAUACAGACCUUUGAUGAGAUGAUCGAGAGGAACAAUGUCUCAUGGAAUGCAAUUAUUGUUAUUUUUGGCUGUAAUGGCUGUUAUAAACAAGCAAUUAUUAGUUUCAGGUUGAUGAUUAAUGAGCACAUGGAUUUAAACUCCACUACAAUCUCAAGCAUUCUGCCAGUCUUGACCGAACUAGGCUAUUUUUGCAAGGGAAGGGAAGUCCACGGUUUCUGUGUGAGGAUGCAUUUGGAUAGUGACGUCUUUGUUGCAAACUCGCUUAUUGAUACGUAUUCUAAAUCCGGGCGUUCAAUCGAAGCAUCCAAUGUAUUUUAUAAUAUGGACAAGAAGAAUGCUAUAUCAUUUAAUGCAAUGAUUGCUAACUUUGCACAAAAUUCACUCCAGCUUGAUGCUCUGGCUCUUGUAAGGGAAAUGCAAGCUGAAGGUAAAAAUAUGACAUCUGUCACUUUCACUAAUCUUCUACCAGCAUGUGGCAGGCUGGCAUUCGUUCGGCCCGGGAAGGAAAUUCAUGCAAAGUCACUUCGUAGCGGGUGUGCUUCUGAUUUGUUCGUAUCAAAUGCAUUGAUGGAUAUGUAUUCAAAAUGUGGGUUUCUAAAUCUUGCUCAAAAUAUAUUUGACAUUUCCCAAAGGGAUGAGGUAUCUUACAACAUACUGAUUGUUGGUUAUUCUCUAACUAAUUCUUGGAAAAUCUCUCUUUCUCUUUUCUCCGAAAUGGGCCAUCUUGGAAUGAAACAUGACAUGGUUUCCUUCAUUGGGGCCCUCUCUGCGUGUUCUAAUGCUUCUGAAAUCAAGAAAGGAAGAGAUAUUCAUGGUUUUGCCAUGAGGAGAUGUUUUCAUUCACAUCAAUUUGUGGCAAAUUCGCUUUUAGAUCUGUACACGAAGUGUGGACGGAUCGAUAUCUCUAGGAAGAUCUUUGAUCGUAUGUCAGGUAGGGAUACGGCGUCUUGGAACACCAUGAUAUUAGGGUACGGAAUGAUCGGUGAGCUUCAAAACGCUGUGGAUUUCUUUGAAUCCAUGAGAGACGAUGGGGUUGAAUAUGAUUCGGUUUCCUAUAUCGCUGUCCUGUCGGCCUGUAGUCACGGAGGGCUAAUUGAAAAGGGAAGGAGAUAUUUUGAUGAGAUGGUUGCUAGUAAUGACAUUAAACCAACUGAGAAACACUAUGCUUGCAUGGUGGACCUUCUUGGACGGUGCGGCCUAGUUGAUGAAGCUGUUUGUCUUGUUCAGAGUUUACCCUUUGAGGCUGAUGCUAAUGUAUGGGGUGCUCUUCUUGGAGCUUGUAGGUUGCAUGGAAAGCUGGAUUUAGGUUGCUGGGCUGCCGACCAGUUGCUCAAACUGAAGCCCAAGAACUCUGGGUAUUAUGCACUGUUAUCCAACAUGUAUGCUGAAGCGGGGAGGUGGAAAGAGGCAGAUAUAGUUAGAGAGUUGAUGAAAGUAGAAGGAGUGAAGAAAAUGCCCGGGUGCAGUUGGAUUGAGAUGGAGAAGGGGGUUUAUGCUUUUGUUGUUGGGGAAAGAUUCCAACAAUUGCAUUUGUACUCCCCUGUUUUGUAUGAUCAUUCGAAGGGGGUGUUUGUAUCUGAUUCUUAAAACUGCUUCUACUCCUUAGAGCAGAAGCAGAAGUUGGAGUGUUUGGGUGAAUGGGGUGAAGUACUUCUGGUCCUUUAAUUUACUCCUAGAAGCAGUUUUUAUAGAAGCUGGGGGAGACCAUCUUCUUCUUUAAAAAAGAAACAGAAGCAGAAUCAGUUCCAAACAUCCCGGGAAUCUAAGAUUUGAUUUGCUUCUGGGGCAGGCAUUUCUACCGUUCAAAGUAUGUAUGUAAUGUAAUGUAUCAUCCCCACAUUUUUAUGUUUUCCUACUCCAUAUAUGGGUCCGUUUGGGAUAGAAAAUUUCAGGGAAAGAAAAUAUGGAUGAAGCUGGAGGGGAUACAAUAUUACUGUAUUUCGAAGUCAUUUGAUUUUAUAUUUUUGCAGACUCACGAUCUUUGUUACGGAGUAUUUGUUUGUUUUUAU